CUUGUCAGUGAUGGAAAGUCGGGGGCAGAAGCGCGGGGUGUCCGGUGAUCAAUUAGCGGAGAACUUUCACCGGUGAGCAGCCACACAGCACAAGAGUUGUGCAUUUUGCUCGUUUGGAAGAUUAACGAUGGAGUGGCGCCAGCAGACCAGUGUCAGCUGUGCAGACGCGUUCGACGAGGCUCAACGUUGGAUCGAGGAAGUGACUGGAAAAUUGUUUGGUAGCAAUGAUUUCCGUGCUGCCUUAGAGAACGGAGUCCUGCUGUGCGACUUGAUCAACCAGUUGAAACCUGGCAUCAUUAAGAGAGUAAACAGGCUUUCUACUCCCAUCGCUGGCCUGGAUAAUGUGAACGUAUUCCUCAAAGCCUGUGGAAAACUGGGACUGAAUGUGUCUCAGCUGUUUCAUCCAGGAGACCUGCAGGACCUGUCCUCUCGUGCAACUGUCAGGCGAGAUGAAAGCAACAGAAGACUCAAAAAUGUUCUCAUCACAAUCUACUGGUUGGGUCGCAAGGCUCACCUUGACGCAUUUUACAGUGGUCCUCAGCUGAACUUCAAGGCCUUUGAAGGGCUAUUAGGGUUGGCGUUGUCCAAGGCUCUAGAUGAGGGCAGUAAUGUGAAAGAGUGCUGGGACCCAGAGAACGAGGAAUGUCAGCGCGUCAGACCGAGCUAUAAGAUGGCGAACUCUGCCGACGGCAUGGACUUCCUGUACUCCCGUGGUGUCCUCCAAAACAAUGAAAGUUGUGGAAGUGACGCGGAAGCUGAGCAGGUGUUCAAGAUGGAGCCCACACAGCCUUCAACCCAACAAAACAAGGCUUAUAUCCCACCGCCACUCCUACGGAGGAAACAAGGACGGGAAGAGAAUCAAAGGGUCUGCGCUAGUCCACUCUCCAGCAUUGAAGACGCCCCUUUCUCUCCUCAACCCCACCUUACUGCGUGUCCUCCCGAGUGUGCCAUUGAUGAAGAGCUUUUCCUAAGAGCUCUGUGUGAGGACGACUCUGACGACGAUUAUACUGAUGCAGAUCCUGUCCUAGAUGACUUGUAUUUCCGGCGAGUGCAGCAGACCCUUCAUCAGACAUCAAACAACCCCAACUACGACCGUUUCUUACCCCGAUAUUGGACACCUGAAGAGGAGACUCGUGUGCGGACGAUCUACCUCGGCUCCCAGAGGAGACCCUGGUAUCGUAUUCUGCAAGGCCUAAGCCAUAAAGCUUUGGGUUCUUCUGAGGAAGUUUUUGACUUCAUUUCCUGGCUUGUGACAUCUGCUGCAGUACAAAACAUCUCUGGUACAUCUGGAGAGCCUCCAAACCAUAUGUGUUUUAUAAAUAACUGCCUCUUUUUGCCUCUACGUAAUCUAUAUAAUGCUUCCUCUCUAUAUGUGGUUUUCGUUUGGUUUAGCCCCUUGUCCUGCGUGGCCUUCAUGUUUUCUAUGCGAGCAUAUCAAAUGCAGGUCAGACCUGAGAGACCAGUUCAGGUCAACCCUGGCUGGAUUUGGAGCAAAUCACUCAGUGAUAUCCCGAUGGUAUACCCUGUGCGUAAAGUUCCUGAUGUGAACACCAUCUACGAUUUGGACCAGGACAGUGAAGCUAAGUGGCACGAUGACUUGUCAAAGUGGAAGAAUCGUCGCAGGAGCAGCAAGUCUGACCUCCGCAGGAAGUCGCAGGACCGAGAACAUGUCAUUAACCAGAUGGCCAAUGGAGCUCUGGCUAAAUUUGAGAAGAACGAAGCACAAAGCGGACUGCUAAAGAGAGACCAACAGUCACCACGCAGGCAUUACCCUGCCCCUCGUCCUUACUCCACCUCUCCUUCAGCAAAAUCAUUGAGCUCUGAUCUCCGGCCACGUACUCGGGCUUUGCUGGCCCGCAGCUACACCACGGAGGCACCUUUCAGCCCCACGGCUCCACGUAGCCCCCACAAGUCAGCCUACACUCAGGAAUCAUCAGUUGGAGCCAUGCCUGCCUCUGAUGGGAUUGUCCUGGGAGAGGAGACCCACUUUGCCUCCGUGGCUUCAGAUGGAACAGGAGUUACCAACCCUUCUCUGGACUGCCCUUUCAGCACCCAGACCCAAGUCAAAGUGCAGGGCAGCCCAGCUCCUUUGCAGCCCAGGGAUCCUACUGAAUCCAUGUCGAGUCACAAGGAACUUCCGUUCUGCCUUGAUCCAAAAGUUCCCCUUUCUGUCCUGGUGCUGUUAACCAGGCAGGAGUUGAUGCUCUGGAGGACUUGCCCCACCAAAACUACAAGUCCCAGGAAGAGAGCCAGAAGACCUCUUGGGAACCAGCUGUGGAGCAAGGCAGUGUCAAGCAGGGGGUCAACAAGUACUUGUUCAGAACUGCGUCAUGGUCCGGCUCACAGCCUUCCUCGGGGUUACCGGAGGUCCGAGGGCUCGUCUCGUCUCUCUUCUGCAAUCACAGCCAGACCCUUUGGGACCAAGCAGUCCAGGGUGUCCUCGCUGCCGAGACUGUGCAACCUUGACAACCAGGGUCUGUUGAAAAGUGAGCAAGAGGAAUCCCUUUCUCCAACUACCAAAUCUUCUCUCAAAAGACCGACUGUGACCGCCCAUCUGAAGGGUCAGCAGAAGAAAGCUAACCAGGCGAAACAGACUGGUACAAAACAGGAGGAGCAAGGGCAAGGUGCCACCGUCUCCAGGCCGACCUCCUUCCAGACCGAUGGCUACCACCAUCAGCCCUACACCCAAACCCAGCUACUACCGCAGCCUUAUUCAAACCUGCAGACCCACCACAACAAAAGCUUGACUCUCCCAUCUGAUGCGAGCAUUGACCUCCCAAAGGUGGCUCACAGCGACAUGAGAGUGAGCCUUGCUCUUAAACCCAACAGUAGAACAGACUUUGGUUUCCAGACUCAUUGGGACUCCACAGGGGUGAGAGUCAAAUUCAUUCAACCUGGCAGUCCAGCGGAGCUUUGCCAGCUAUGUGUGAACGAUGAGAUUGUGACCAUUAAUGGAGUUGCUGUGGCACACAUGAACUACAACCAGUGGAAGGAUAAAAUGACAUCUUCACUUCAAACCGGCAGUCUAACCAUGGACAUUCGGCGCUAUGGCAACAAGGAUUGGAGCACCAGUGAGGGGAGUCAUCCUAACCAGUCAGGCCAGAACAGGGUGACCCUCAAUCUGACUGCCGCAGCGCCUGGCCUGAUAAGUUGCCCUGAUCACCAUCCCAACAGUGGUGCCUCUACAGAAACUGCAGUCAGGAACCUCAAUGGGCAGACAGACAAUGUUCUUUCCCAGGUUUUACAAGGUAAAGUCAUGCAUGGAGAGCUUCCUGACAACCACAGGACAGCCAGAAAUAAAGGAGGUUCAGAAUCUGCAAUAUCUGACCUCCAGGUGCCAUCCCUCAGCCCCUCCUCAUCCAGCUGGUCGUGGGACCGCGAGGAGGAUCGAAGGCGUCAGGAAAAGUGGCAGGAAGAGCAGGAGCGCCUCCUACAGAAGCAAUACCAGCGGGAUCAGGAGAGGCUUGAAUCAGAGUGGCAGAGAGCACAACAAGCUGCAAAGGGGGAGUUAUGCAGGAAGCCAGGGGCAAAACAGAACACAUUCGAGAGUCCUGCCAGCACCCAGCUCCAUGUGAAUGGACUGAAAAACAAAACCAGAGAAGAGCAGAGCCCCGACCGAGAUAAGCUGAAAGUAGCAGGUUCAAACCCUCAAAGUAAUGCAUCAGGAGAGCAGCAUGACAAGAUUUCGGGACAUGUCUGGGCUGAGGACUCCUGUGGCUUUGCUCAGCUGUCUCCUGCAAACAGGGCAAAGUCCUUCUCUACCCCAGCAUUAGAUGGCCCCUACAAACAGACAAGAGGUGAUGACAGAAAAGGACAAGGACAGUCUGUGUGCAAGGCUGAGAAAGACAGGCAGCAGAUUUUGGAGGAGAUGAAGAAAAGGACUCAGCUUCUGACUGACAACAGCUGGAUACGUCAGCGCAGCAGCAGCUUUUACAAGGAGCCAAUCUAUGUUGGGGUACCUAUGAAGAGGUUUGACUCUCUGGACGACCUGGAUACUUUGCGUCAGACCCCACUCUCAACCACUACAUUCAGUUACCCUCGCCCACACUCAGCUGCUGCAGGUUACAGUACUCCGAGUAGGAACUCGUCAUCCCGCUACAGCACUGGAUCAUUGUUAUCCCAGAGACAUGCAUUGGUCAAUUCCUCUCAUCAUGGCAGGAUGGUCUGUGGCAGGAGGACUUGCUGUGUGUGUGAGCGUGUCCUGGGUAGUGGGGCAGCCAUGGUCAUAGAGGCCCUUGGUCUCUGCUUUCACCUCGCCUGUUUCCAGUGUGUGGGCUGCCACCGACAUCUCGAAGGAACUGAGACUGGAGUCCAGGUUCGAAUCCGAAACAGGAAGCCCUACUGUGAGCCGUGCUAUUUCCAACUCAAGUGUGAGUAUUGGUCUUUGUGA